AUGGAUAUCCUUCUCUCAAAAGUCACCCAGCAGGCUAUGAACUAUGCUAUCCGCUCGGGAGUCACCAUCACUGCUGGCUACGCAAUCCGGCAAUGUUCGCGACUGGCGAAGAACGUCAAGGGCACUGAGAAGGAAGAGCUUGCUUCGCUACAGUUGCGGUUAGAGAGCAAAAUCAGGAUCAUCUCUCCAGCCAUUGAUAUGAUCGAGCUGAUAGCAGCACGUGGCAACACAUCGCUAGAGUCAGCGGUAACUCUGACGAAAGCCCUACGAUGGGACAUUCAGUCGUUGGGGAUUCGCCUCGCGAAAGCCGCAAGCGAAGAAGAGCUUGCUCGUCGGGGCAGCUCCAAGGCAAAGUCUAAGGAACAAAACGUCCUUGAGUUCAAACUCAUCAUCUCCGACAUCAAGAGGCUCCUUGAACGGAUAGAGGAUGCGGUUCCGCUCAUCAAUCUUGCUAUCACUACAUCCGGGGUUAGUCUUUCAACAACCAUGCCAGCUACAGUUUCUCCGUCCAGGCUACUGCAAGCUAGUACAUUUCUCACAGCUGGGGACACUCAAUAUGCCAUGGCGCAUUCUCGGGCGGUACAGAUAGGUCCUACCUUUACUCUGUCGAUAUACAUGCUCUUUGGCGGGCACGCCUACCGACCUCAUGACGAGGAAGGCAUUCGAGAGACGACCUGGAAGGAGGUCAUUCACAAGGCCCGCGUUAAACUGAUCCGUAUCCCGCUCAACAAAGUGUAUGAUUACCCAUCAGGCAACGCUACGCCACCGAUACGUAGCUUCAACGAUGUCGGCGAUCUCAACGGGUCCCACACCCCGCCCCUUAUUCCGGCGGAAGGUAAGGCACACGAGUUCGCUUAUCAACUGCUCAUCAUCGAAGACUUGAACGAUGAUCGCGUGCACACUUUCGAAGAGGGCGAGGCCCAGCCAGGCCCUUUCGAAGACGUGGCUACUGCAGGCAUACGCGAGGUUGUCCCCAUUCAUGAGGUCUCGAAGAUUUUCUACGCCGACACAGGCAGGAUCCUUAACAUAGGGACUGAUGGCGAGACAAACAAUCCGAUUCUCUUGCUGAAACGCGAUGUCAACGCAGCACCUCCUCGCCGGAUGAUGGAGAGGCAGCCAAGCGAGCAGUGCUGGCAGCAAGAUGAUGUUGACCAAGCAGGCGGUCCCUCUGUGUCAGACAUUCCUGAUGAGCACUCCGAGGUCGAGGCGCAGUUACGCAGAGAGUCUUCGGUACCGCCGCCACAAAAAUCUGAGCCGAUACCACCAGUAUCACACGCCUGGCGAUUUCCUCCAGAUCUUGAUCCAGAGUGGCUUGCCUUUGAGGUGUACACCGAAGCUCCAGACUCCGAUGAGGAAGACGAGGAAGAAGAAAGCGAUGUUCAACUCGAAUCAUCAUCGCUGCAGGCCCCAACACAGCCGCCUCAUACACAAUCCCUUGCCUCCGCCUUUUCAAAUCUUACCCUUCGCGGUUCUUCACCAGACAAGGCAUUCUCCUCACCACAGCCAAAUGCACAUAACCAGCUUAUACCAAGCCCCCAGAAGCCGUCGGUGCCGGCAAAAUCACCGUCACCGCAGCCUACAAUAGCCGCUGUUCCGGCUCUCAAGACGUCCCUGUCACUACUUGAGAUGUUGAUUCGUCUGACCGCUCUACAGCAGUUUCAGCAGUCGUCACAUCUUGCCAUUCCUGACGAACUCCUUACCUUUUUCCUUUCCGAGUCUUCGUCAACCGGCGCAGGUGGUGAUGCUGAGAGGCGGCGGCGAGUGAGGAGUGACGCAAGACGACGAGUCGGAUUUGACCCCUACGAGGAGAGUCCGCUGAAGUGGCGGGGAGAGGAGUAUUAUCAGGGCCCAGCUGCAGAGCCCACACACGGCCAAGGUCUCGCGAGGCAAGACGGCCGAUUCAUGACCCCAUCUAGCUAUCGGCAAGGCGUAACCCCCGGCUAUCAGGAUUACUACGAGGAAGAUGAAUACGAGUAUGACGAGGGCUGGGCAGGCGCAGAACCAUCCCCCAACAAUCUCCGCUCCAUCCGCUCACCGCCAACCCCGCGAUUAUCAGGACCAACCCUCCAGAAUGGCCUAACGCCCUCAUCUCCAUCCCCAUCCUACUUUGGCAACCACGACAUGCCGCCACCUCGACACUCACGGCAUGGCACUCCAACCACAGAUCCCCGCCGUCGCGUGCACUACACACAAACUCCGCCGCCUACGGACAGACGGCAGAUGAAUCCGUUGGCGAAGUCGGGUUCGCAGCCUGCGACGCCGCCGCUGACGUUAAAGACUAGACAGGGGGUUAUGCGGAGAGAGAGUUCUAAGGCGGGGGGCGUGAGUCUGCCGAAGAGCGUGUCGAGUCCGCUGGGGAGGGAGAUGAGUGUGGUGCAGAGCGUAGAGACAGAGCCCGAGGCGGGCUGA